UCGCCGGAUCGAAACUGAAAUGGAAAAGUUGUAUCUGUUUAUUGUUUUUCUUUCAUGUGCCUUAUUACUGAAAGAUGUUACAUGUACGGAUUCUGAGGCGUUAUCCAAAGACGAGGAAAAGAUAGUAGGAGGCGAAGAGAUUAGCAUUAACAAAGUUCCGUACCAAGCGUAUCUUUUGCUCCAAAAAGAUAACGAAUACUUCCAAUGCGGAGGUUCGAUUAUUAGCAAACGUCACAUCCUCACGGCGGCACAUUGUAUCGAAGGUAUCUCCAAAGUAACGGUGCGUAUCGGAAGCUCAAAUUCUAAUAAAGGAGGCACCGUUUAUACAGCGAAAUCAAAGGUGGCUCAUCCGAAAUACAAUUCUAAAACUAAAAACAACGAUUUCGCCAUUGUCACCGUGAACAAAGACAUGGCGAUCGAUGGAAAAACUACUAAAAUCAUUACUUUAGCCAAAGAAGGCUCUUCGGUUCCUGACAAAACGAAACUAUUGGUUUCCGGGUGGGGAGCUACAAGCGAAGGUGGUUCAUCAAGUACAACGCUAAGGGCUGUGCACGUUCAAGCUCAUUCUGACGAUGAAUGCAAGAAAUAUUUCCGUAGUUUGACAUCUAAUAUGUUCUGCGCCGGGCCCCCCGAAGGCGGAAAGGACUCCUGUCAGGGUGAUUCCGGUGGUCCAGCUGUUAAGGGCAAUGUCCAACUUGGUGUGGUCUCCUUUGGUGUCGGCUGCGCUCGCAAGAAUAACCCUGGUAUCUAUGCUAAAGUAAGUGCUGCUGCAAAAUGGAUAAAAUCAACGGCGGGCCUAUAAAUACGAAUUAGUCAAAAUUUAACUUGAGUUUCAAACAUUGCAAUGUAUGUAGUACCAAUUUUUUUGUUAUUACUCUUGAAUGCGCGUACUUUUGAGUACUCAUUAUCUCAGUGCACAUAUCAUACGUAAUACUUUGAAACUCAAGUUCAGAGAGAAUUUGUGUAGCUUAAAGUUUUAAAUAAAGGCACU